CAGUUCUGAUUUUUGAAGUUUAAGAUUUAUUAACAAAGUAGCUUUAUCUCACUUUCUCUCUUACAAUUCAAACUAAGGUAAAAGUGCUACCUAUCGUUAUCUAUUUUCAUCUAUUUUGUGAAACAGUGAAUAACAAUCAGAAUUUUAUAUGUUGAUAGAAUGAUGUCAUCGAACAAAAGACAUCAACCGUGUGGAGCAGACAACAGAAAAAAGAAGAACAAAAAAGAUGAGGAAGCAAAAUCUCAAAAGAAUGGUUUAUUAAGGUAUUUCAAAAAAUCUGAAACUCUUGAUACCUUUGUAGAGAAUAAUGAUGAACAAGAACAACAUGGUACGUCUAGAGAAGAUAAAGUAGAUGAAAAUAUAGGUGAGGAUCAUGGAGAAGAACCGAGUCAUGAGCCAGAAAAUAUGAAUGUUUUGAAUGAGGAAGAGUUGAAAGAAAAAGAUGAUGGGGAUAAGAAUGGAAGUGAAAAGAGUGGUAAUCUCGAGGAGCGUUGUGGAUACAUAGAUAUGUAUGAUCCUGGAAAUUGGGACAACAUAAAAAAAUGAUGGACUGAGUCGAGAGAUUUUAUGGUUGUACAAGAUCCUGCGAAAAGAUUGCCAAUAGAUUACAACUUUCCCAAGGAUGGUGUUAAGAGACAUUUCUCUCAUUUGCAUUAUACAAGACAAUUGGGUGAUGGGAAAAAACAAGAUCGACGUUGGCUACUUUAUUCAAAAAAACUAAACAAGAUCUUUUGUUUCUGCUGCAAAUUGUUCAAUAAGAGUGACAGUAGUCAAUUGGCAUCUGUGGGGUUCAACGAUUGGAGAAAUGUAUUGAAAAGGCUUAAAGAACAUGAAUCUGGUCGUGAACAUAUAUUAUGUAUGAAGCAGUGGGCAGAACUAGAUCUCAGGCUGCAAAAGAAUCAGACCAUUGACAAAUAUGCUCAAGAUGAAAUCAACAAAGAGAAAAUCCAUUGGAGACAAGUGUUGCUUAGGAUAAUUUCUGUAGUGAAAACUCUUGCUAAACAAAAUUUAGCAUUUCGUGGAAGCAACGAAAAGAUUGGAGAAGAAGGUUGUGGGAACUUCUUAAGCUUUAUCGAGAUGAUUGCUGAUUUUGAUCCUGUGAUGAUCGAACAUCUUAGGAGAUUUAAAGAACGUGAAUCUCGUACUCAUUAUCUCAGUGGCAGAAUUCAGAAUGAGUUAAUAGCUUUGUUGGGCAAUGAGAUCAAAGGUAUGAUCAUCAAGAAAAUUCAAAGUGCAAAAUUUUUCUCUGUUAUUCUUGACUGCACUCCAGAUAUCAGUCAUCAUGAACAAAUGACUGUUGUCAUACGGUGUGUAGAUGUGUCCACAACUUCAGUUAAGGUUGAAGAAUUUUUUUUAACGUUUCUGAAAGUUGAUGAUACAUCUGGAGAAGGGCUUUUUCGUGAUCUGCAAGAUGUAUUGGUUGCUUUUGAUUUGAAAAUUGAUGAUGUGAGAGGACAAGGUUAUGACAAUGGCUCUAAUAUGAAGGGAAAGCAUAAAGGAGUACAAAAAAGAUUUCUUGAGAUUAAUCCCAGAGCGUUUUAUACACCAUGUAGUUGUCAUAGUUUGAAUCUUGCACUAUGUGAUAUGGCAAGGACUUCUUCAAAGGGGAUCUCGUUUUUUGGAAUCAUCCAGCGUACUUAUAACUUCUUUUCAGCUUCAAAUAAGCGCUGGAAAAUCUUUGAAGAUCAUGUAGAUGGUCUAACACUUAAGUCUUUGUCGAAUACUCGUUGGGAGAGCCAUGGUGAAAGUGUUAAGGCGAUACGGUUUCAAGCUCCUAAAAUCAUGAACGCUUUAGUUUACAUUGCUGAAAAUAGUGUUGAUCCACAAGAGCAGAGCGAAGCUGAAUGUCUUGCAACAAGUGAAACACAUGGAAUUGGAAGUUUUGAGUUCUUGGUUUCCCUGGUUAUUUGGUACAAUCUUUUAUCUGUUGUCAACAUUGUGAGUAAGAGUUUGCAGUCAGAAGACAUGGAUAUUAAUGUUGCUAUUGCUCAACUUAAGGGGCUGGUUUCUUAUCUUCAAAAAUAUAGAGAUUCAGGUUUUGAGAAAGCAAAAUCAGAGGCUAAAAUACUUGCAGAGUCUAUGGAGAUUGAGGCUGUGUUCCCCAAGCAAGGAAAGCGAGUAAUCAAAAGAAAAAUACAACAUGGCGAGAGUUCAGAGAAUGUAGAGGGGAGUGUGACAUUAUCACCCGAAGAGAAAUUUAGAGUUGAUUACUUCAUUCAGAUCAUGGACCAAGCUCUCUACUCGCUUGGGACAAGAUUUGAACAAUUCGAGAAGUAUGAAAAAAUAUUUGGAUUUUUGUUUGAUUUGAAGAAACUGCAGUCAGCAAGUGAUGAUAGUUUGAUGGUUUCCUGUGCCAAUCUUGAAGAUUCUCUAACUCAUGGUGAUCAUUCAGAUAUUGUUGGUAGUGAUCUUUUUGCUGAACUUAAAAUUGUAAGAGAAGCUUUACCAGAAGGAGUUAAGAAGCCUACUGAAGUGCUAGACUUUUUGCAAAGUGUUCAUGAUUUUUAUCCGAACUCAUGGAUUGCUUAUCGAAUAUUGUUGACCAUCCCUGUUUCGGUUGCAUCUGCUGAGAGGAGUUUUUCGAAGUUGAAGCUAAUAAAAUCUUAUCUUCGUUCGACUAUAUCACAAGAAAGAUUAAGUGAUUUGGCUAUCUUAUCUAUCGAGAGAGAACUCUUAAGGAACAUUGAUUUUGAAAGUUUAGUCAAUGAGUUCUUAGAAAAGAAGGGAAGACAAAUUAUGUUUUAGA